GCUAGGAUUGGUUAGGGGGAAAGGGGGUGGAGCGUAAUCUCGUGAAGUCGUACAAGGAGGUUAAAAUUGUUUUUCGCUCUUUCGCCGGCAUCUACCAAGGAGAAAUUUCUUUGUUGACGUCUUUGCAGUGGAAGCAGAUCAACAAUGUCCACACAAAAGAAGAAGACAAGGAAGUUGAGAGGUCAUGUCAGUCAUGGCCAUGGCCGCAUUGGCAAGCACAGAAAGCAUCCUGGUGGCCGUGGUAAUGCCGGUGGUAUGCAUCACCACAGGAUUAACUACGACAAGUACCAUCCUGGUUACUUUGGCAAGGUUGGUAUGAGGAACUUCCACGAAAGAAAGAAUCAGAAGUUCUGCCCGACCAUUAACCUGGACAAGAUUUGGACCCUUGUCAACGAACAGACCAGACUGGCUUACAAAGACAGCAAAAAUGGCAAAGCCCCUGUUAUUGAUGUUGUCAGAGCUGGAUACUACAAAGUCUUGGGUAAGGGACGUCUGCCUAAGCAGCCUGUUAUCGUAAGAGCCAAGUUCUUCUCAAAACUGGCAGAAGAGAAAAUUAAAUCUGUGGGUGGAUGCUGUGUGCUUCAGGCGUAACCUUUCCAUAUUUGUAUGCAAAUAAAAAAGAAGGAUAAAAUUGAAAAUCGG